AUGCUUUUUCAGGCUGGUAUUGUAAACAAUAGCUUCAUAUCUUCUAUGAAAAAGGGUGCUCUUCUGGUGAAUGUUGCUAGAGGUCGUCUUUUAGACUAUGAGGCUGUGGUCGAACACCUUGAAUCUGGUCACUUAGGAGGGUUAGGCACCGAUGUUGCAUGGACGGAGCCAUUUGAUCCUGACGAUCGGAUAUUGAAAUUUAAGAAUGUUAUCAUGACUCCUCAUAUUGCAGGCGUUACCGAACAUUCAUAUAGAUCCAUGGCUAAGGUUGUUGGUGAUGUGGUUCUUCAACUUCAUGAUGGGCUUCCUUUGACUGGGAUUGAGUUAGUCAAUUGA